CCAAAAACAAAUUGAUUCACGGGAGAUUGGUUCUGAAAAUGAAUUUGGUCUGAUUUGACUAAAGCAAGCCACGAAAGUUGACUUGGAUGAUAAGUGUAGGCAGGCAGCAAUUACCUGCGAAGGAGUGAGCCUCUUUCCCACGUUGGACUGACUGACCCAGUCCAUGUGACUUAAUAUGUCAAUACAACAACAAUUAAUAAAUCAUCCUUCCAUUAAAGUUUUGCCUUUUACUGUACCAUACACAUUUCCUAUAGGCUCUUGCAAAGCUAAAUUCAAUUAUUGAAGCCAAAGAAAAAGAGACAAGACCAAAGGCAGGUGUGGAAGGAAGAAGAAAGCUCUCAUCGAUCGGUGUUCAACUUUAAACACUCAGGAAGAGCCACAAAAUUCUUCUUUCUGCAGGGUGCAAGGUACAGCUUCAAUGGGAAAUUGCUGGGGUUCUCCACCUCACAACCCAACCCCAACAACUACCGGUAACCUUAGUACAGGUACGACGGGGACAUCUCAGGCGAUCAGCAGCGGUAGCUAUACUACUACUACUACGACGACUACUACUUCUUCUGGAAGUGGGAGCAGCUCCAUAAAUAGCAAGUUCUCAGUGUCAAGCGGUGGUCAGCCUUAUCCAAAUGGACAGAUCUUACCUACCUCUAAUUUGAGGAUCUUCACUUUUGCCGAGUUGAAGGCUGCGACUAGAAAUUUCAGAGCUGAUACAGUGCUUGGGGAGGGAGGUUUUGGAAAAGUUUACAAGGGUUGGCUUGAAGAAAAGGCCACCUCAAAGACUGGAAGCGGAACAGUUAUUGCCGUUAAAAAACUCAACUCUGAAAGCUUACAAGGACUUGAAGAGUGGCAGUCCGAAGUAAAUUUUCUAGGGCGUCUUUCUCAUCCUAAUCUUGUUAAGCUGUUAGGAUACUGUUUGGAGGAAUCGGAGCUUCUUCUGGUCUAUGAAUUCAUGCAAAAGGGCAGUUUGGAAAACCAUCUAUUUGGAAGGGGUUCUGCUGUUCAACCACUUCCUUGGGACAUCAGGCUUAAGAUAGCAAUUGGAGCAGCUCGUGGCCUCGCAUUCUUGCAUACAUCCGAGAAAGUAAUUUACAGAGACUUCAAGGCCUCCAAUAUAUUGCUUGAUGGGUCCUAUAACGCAAAGAUAUCAGAUUUUGGCUUGGCAAAACUGGGUCCUUCAGCUAGUCAAUCCCAUGUGACAACAAGGGUGAUGGGCACACACGGCUAUGCAGCUCCUGAAUAUGUGGCCACAGGGCAUCUAUACGUAAAGAGUGAUGUAUACGGGUUUGGAGUUGUUUUGGUGGAAAUACUAACAGGCCUACGAGCACUUGAUAGCAACCGUCCAAGUGGGCAACACAAACUAACAGAGUGGGUGAAACCCUACCUGCAUGACAGAAGAAAAUUGAAGGGCAUUAUGGAUUCUCGAUUAGAAGGAAAAUUUCCAUCCAAAGCUGCAUUCCGUAUAGCUCAGCUUUCUAUGAAAUGUCUUGCAUCUGAGCCCAAACAUCGGCCAUCAAUGAAGGACGUUUUGGAGAAUUUGGAGCGAAUUCAAGCUGCCAAUGAGAAACCUGUGGAGCCUAAAUUCCGUUCUACUCAUGCCGCCAGCCGUCAAGGUCACCAGGCUGUGCACCAUCGUUCUCCACGUCAGGACGGUAGUAAUUAGUUUCUCUUAAGAAAACUAAUCCCGUUGGUUGGUUGUGUUAUCUGUCUCUCCGUUGAAGAGUUUGCCUGUUGUUCAUUAUGUAUUUCUUGGACUCACAGAUUUGUAUGGGUAAGUCAUGUAUUAGUAUUGUAAAGUGUAAAUUAUUAUUUGUGUUCUGCUAAACAAAUGGAGAGGUCUCUAGUACAACAUUAUCAGGAAAGUGUUUGCAUUAAAUUUGACGAGUCUAUCCAGAUACAAUGUAAAAGUCAUACAAACUUUGAUCAAAUACUUUACUAGAAGGAUGCCCAAGCCUUAAAUGCUAAGUGUCAAAAACGGAAUUAUUACGUUUUGUAUGGAUAAAAUUAAUGAAAGGUUUACAAGGAA